AUGGCUUCUUCUCCCACAGUUGUCGAUCCUGCGUCGCUGACCAUGUCUGGAUAUCCUCAAAGCUAUCCAACUCCCCCUCCUAUGUCGGAUGACAACGAAUCCAGUCAGUCCAGUCAACCCGCACCAGAACAACCGCAGAGAAAGAAGCGCAAGGCGUGGGGUCAGCCUGUUCCAGAAAUCAAACAGAUCUUGCCUCCGCGAAAACGGGCCAAAACGGCCGAGGAGAAGGAGCAGCGCAAGAACGAGCGAAUUCUUCGAAACCGGAGAGCCGCAGACAAAUCCCGACAGCGCCAGAAGGCGGCGGUUGCCGAGUUGGAGGCCAGACAAGUCAGGAUUGAGAGGGAGAAUGCCGCUCUGCGAGACCUUCUAGCUCGAUAUCAGUCGAGGUUCGGCGUGCAGGCAGACUUCCCGCCAUCCGUCACCGCCGAGCCUCCUUCCACCAUCAACCUCGACGCCGAUUCACCCUCUCUGGAUCACAAGGUUGAAUCAGCAGUACAAACACCAUUCACUCCAUCUUCUUACGACACCACUGAUCUUGAAUCAAACCACCCCACUCUUGUUCAUUCCGACAGCAUCACCCCUGUCAAACAUGAAUCCCCGGUCUUAGCACCACAGCUCAACUUGAUCAACGAACACUCCGAGGCAGACAACGGCUCUGACUCGAUGGCAACCUUCCAAAGCUUCCCCACCGUCUCCGUGUCAGCCGGAGACGUGGGAUAUCAAGCUGCCGAUGGCUCCCCUCAGUCAGCAGGCCAACCUUGGUCUCAGCUACCUCCUUCAAGUGUUCCAGACCUUGACGAUAUUUCAAACCUUCUCAACGACAACGCUCUUGCCGAUCUGCAACCUCUUCCAGAUUUUGGCUCAGCGAUUGUCAAUGACCUCGACGGAACAGGAUUUCUCCAGCAUCCUGACCAACUUCCCACUAAUUCAUUCUUUGAUUUCGAUGCCUUCGACACCGACCAGGCCAGCGGUCUUCCGCAUGAAACUCCUGAGCAGACUACUUGCAUGCAGCCCACACAUGGCGCGCCUCUUACUGGCAGCGACAGACCGGGCUUUGCAGCAAGUGGUUAG